AGGCUGGAUUGAGGGGUCUCCGAGAGAGCUGCGCUGCGCUCUGGGGAAGACCCAUGGCUUGACUGGCAGCACUUGGACUAGGGACGCGCCUCCGCCAGCGCCAUGAACCGCAGCAGCAGCAGCAGCACGGACGAAAAGCCAAUGAGGACCGUGCUCUGGGGCUGUGAGCUAAAUCAGGAGAAGCGGACUUGCACCUUCAAACCCCAGGUGGAAGGGAAGCAGGACUGUAAGCUGUCGCUCAGGACGAUUUGCUUGGGGGAGAAAGCCAAAGAGGAGAUGAACCGCGUGGAGAUCCUGCCCCCCGCAACCCCUGAAGACAAGAAGUCGCAGCCGGUGACCAUUGCCUCGCUUCAGGCCUCUGUCCUCCCCAUGGUCACCAUGAUGGGAUUAGAACUUUCUCCUCCAGUCACUUUUCAGCUCCGGGCUGGCUCGGGACCUGUGUUCCUCAGUGGCCAGGAAUGUCAUGAAACAUCAGACCUGCCCUGGGAGGAGGAGGAGGAGGAGGAAGAGGCAGAGGCAGAGGAGGAAGAGGAGGAAGAGGACGAUGAAGAUGAUGAAGUGUCUCUAGAGGAGGAGUCCCCCGUUAAACCAGUCAAAAGGCCGGCGCCCCAGAAGCAGACGAGCGCUGCUAAGAAAAAAAAGCUGGAAAAAGAGGAGGAGGCAAUGAGAUCCAGUCUUAAAGAGAAGAGCCCCGUGAGAAAGGUGAGUACUUACCAGAAGUGGCUGCUCCUCGUGGGAGAGGCAGGUGGUCUUUGGGGAGGGUGCCCAGGCUGGGGAAGGGAGUGGGAGACUGGCGCUCCCCUUCUCUCCACAGGCCAAACCCCCCCUCAAACCUAAGAAGCUGGGACCCAAGAAAUGAGCCAGGAAUGGCCUGGCCGCAGUGACCGAGGGAGGGUCCACGAAACCACCGUGCACAGUGGGCCUUCCUCGGGCUGUGCCGCAGUCACAAUGUGCCUCCCACCCAACACAAGAGCCCCUCACCCCCAACUCCCUGGCUUCAGGAAGCCUUGGAGAGAAGAGCACAACCUCAGGGCCACAAUAAAGGUUGCUUUUGUCAGGA